CAAAUAAUCUUUCUUAUUAAGAUAUCACAUACGGCAGCACAUUGAUAAAUUCCCGAAAGUUUUGAUUUACAGUACUAAGAUUUUCUGGAAGGAACAAUGUGGAAAUUUCGAAGAUAGUGAAGAUAAUAUUUUAAAUUCUUUUACAUCACUUUUUUAACUUAAUCACAUUAUUAAAGAUAAAAUAAAGAAAUAAAGAAAAAUAAACAAGUCAUCUGCCAUAAAAAUGAGUGGUAAAAAAUCGGAAAAAAGUGGAACAAACGAGGAUAUUUCUUGUGAAGAUGAAUUCGUUCCUCCGGAUGGAGGUUGGGGUUGGGUUGUAGUGUUUUCAUCAUUUAUGAUUCACGUAAUUGCUGAUGGAGUCACUUAUACUUUCGGAAUAUUUUAUACUGAAUUUCUGAAGUAUUUCAACGAUUCUAAAGGAACAACAGCUUGGGUAACAUCAAUUAUGGUUGGCACGACUUUCUGCAUUGGUCCAAUUUCUAGCGGGCUAACCAAUAGGUAUGGAUGCAGAAGAGUAACGAUAAUAGGAUCAAUUUUAGCUUCUUUUGGCCUGUUGUUGAGCAUAUUUGCUCCAAAUGUUAUCUAUCUAUACUUUACAAUUGGACUUUGCACAGGUGCUGGAUUCGGUUUGAUGUAUUUACCGGCAAUUGUUUGUGUUACCUGUUAUUUUGAAAAAAAGAGAGCUUUUGCUACUGGAAUUGCUGUUUGUGGAUCCGGAAUUGGCACUUUUGCUUUAGCUCCUUUCGUUGAAUUUUUAGUAGAUCGUUAUGGAUGGAAAGGUGCUAUGUUAAUUGUAACCGGGAUUGUUCUUAAUUGUUGUAUAUUUGGAGGUCUUUUUAGACCUCUGGAAAUGAAAAGUAAAAAACAAAAACAGCCGAUGAAAUCAGUAUUGACUAUGAAAGAAAAUCCACACCUUUCAUUAGAAAAUGGAAUUUUUAAAGGAGAUAAAACAAAUUUAGAAGUAAGAAGAAUAAGAGCUAUUUCAUUUCCAAGUCACUCCAUGUCAGAUUUGAUGCCAAACCAUCCUCUAUUGAUGCAAAUAGCGAAAGAAGAAUGUGUAUCCGAACGUCGAAGAAUGAGUGAUUCGACUCCACACAAAGAAACCGGAAGUAACAAAAAUCUACAAUGUAAUGGCGAAAGUCCUCAUAUUGGACCCUUAUAUCGCAAAGAUAUUUUUUAUAGCGGAAGUUUACUCAAUAUACCAGAAUAUCGUUCUAAUCCUAAUUUAUAUCAUUCACAAAUUAUUUCCAUUCCCAAGCAAGAAACAACCGAAAUGGCAAAAUCUACAUUAACGAAAUUAUUUGGAUGCUCCAAAGAAAUGCAAGAUACUUUUAAAGAAAUGAUGGAUUUUCAUUUAAUGAAAAAUAUAAUAUUUCUCAUGUUUGGAUUUUCUAAUUUUUUUACAAACAUCGGGUUUAACGUUCCAUAUGUAUAUAGUAAAGACAGAGCUCUAGAAACUGGAAUUGCCGGAAAUGAAGAUGCCAGUUUUCUCUUAUCAAUAAUUGGUAUUGCAAAUACAUUAGGACGUGUACUUCUUGGUUAUCUAUCGGAUAAACCUUGGGUGAAUCGACUUUGGCUUUAUAAUUCAUGCUUAACAAUCUGCGGUCUUUCAACGUCCUUGAGUUUUCUGUGUACCGAUUAUAAAUCAAUGGCCGUUUAUUCAAUCGUUUUUGGAGCAACAGCGGGUGCUUACGUUAGUCUUACAUCUGUCAUUCUUGUCGAUCUACUCGGUUUAGAUAAAUUAACAAAUGCUUUUGGCCUUCUACUUGUCUUUGAAGGUAUUUCUUGUCUCGUAGGUCCACCAAUAACAGGUUGGCUGUAUGACUGGACGGGUUCUUAUGAUCCAGGAUAUCAUGUUUCAGGAGUUAUGAUUGCAGUGAGCGGCUUGAUGUUAUUUGGAAUACCAUUUAUAAAACGAUGUCAAGCCAGAUAUAGUCAGAAAAGCAGUCAAGAAGAAUUUGUCCAGAAUGGAGAAAUAGCGAAAACAUUAUCUUAAUAGGAACAUAGUGAUAUAAUUAAAAAGUAGAUAUUUUAAGCUUUUACAGUAUGAUAACAAUACUUAGUCAAGAACAACAAAAGCUUUCUCACUAGAUUCAUAUAAAUUAAAAUACAAAUACAUACAUUGCAACGUAUAUCAUGUAAAUAAAAUAUUUUAUGUUCUGAUUUGAAGUGAAAACAUCAUACUUAAAACUUUAUUUAAACUAAAUACAGUACAUAUAAAAAUAAUAUGAAACGAAGUAGAUAUUUUCUGUUAAUAAAAAGUAUUGUCAAUUAUGAAAUAAAUUUUGGGGUUUUAAAUUAUUGGCAACUAUUAAAGUGAAUCAUGAAAUUUUACUAGUUAAAAGAACUACCAGUUCUUAUGGAAAAAAUACAUUUUGUUAUCUGAUUAAUUUACAUCAUUCAAAUAUAGUAUAGUAAUUGUUAUUCGAAUAUUCAUUAAUCCAUUGUUAACCUAAUUAAAAAAAUAAUUUUGUUUGAGUUUCGCAUAUUUAUCUGUUAUUUUAAGAGCUUUGCAAUGUCAGUUUGCAAAAAUCAUUUGUACAGUGUCAUGAAAUGUGUAAAAUUUCACUGCCAUUUUGAAUGUAAGUUUUCGUCAACAUCGAAUUUAUGAUCAAUGUGCUGUUCCUAUGAAUUAGACAUAUUGUAUACGUACAAAUACUUAUACUUUAUGUUUUAUGUACAAAUAUUGGUACAAUAAUAAAAUUGUUG